UUCCCUUUUUUUCGGCUUCGAAAUUAGGUAAUGUUCCCUUUCUUCCUCAUGAAAGAAAAGGUUAAAAUUGCUCAUAAGAGAAACGAUCAACUCAUUGAGUCACUUUUCUUUAAAUCUUCAACUUGUUUCUCUUUAAUCAGUCUAAACUUAGUUUACGUUUAAGUUUAACCAACAUGCCUACUAUUGGAAUCAACGGUUUUGGUCGAAUUGGGCGACUUGUCCUUCGUGCUUGUAUUGAGAAAAAGUUGCCUGUAGCAGCCAUUAAUGAUCCUUUCAUUGAUGUUAACUACAUGAUCUACAUGUUCAAACAUGAUUCAACUCAUGGACAAUUCAAAGGUGAAAUCAAGGAAGAAGGUGGUAUGAUGGUUGUAUCUGGUCAACGUAUUCGAGUUUUCGGUGAGAAAAAUCCAGCUGAUAUUCCAUGGGGUAAGGCUGGUGCUGAAUAUGUUGUUGAGUCUACUGGUGUUUUUACUACUGUUGAAAAAUGUCAAGGUCAUAUUGCUGGUGGUGCUAAGAAGGUCAUCAUUUCUGCUCCUUCUGCUGAUGCACCAAUGUUUGUCAUGGGAGUUAACCAUGAAUCCUAUGAUCCAGCUAUGAAUGUUAUCUCUAAUGCUUCAUGUACAACCAAUUGUCUUGCUCCUUUGGCCAAGGUCAUCAAUGACGCUUUCGGUAUUGAAGAAGGUUUAAUGACCACUGUCCAUGCCAUAACAGCUACACAAAAAACUGUUGAUGCUCCAUCAGCUAAAGCAUGGAGAGAUGGGCGUGGAGCUUUCCAAAACAUUAUACCUGCCGCUACCGGUGCUGCCAAGGCUGUCGGUAAAGUUAUUCCCGAUUUGAAUGGUAAACUUACCGGUAUGGCUUUCCGUGUACCCGUUCCUGAUGUUUCAGUAGUUGAUUUAACUUGCCGAUUGAAAAAAGAAGCUACUUAUGAAGAAAUCUGUGCUGUUGUCAAGGCUGCAUCCGAAAGCGAUCAAUGGAAAGGUAUUCUUGGCUAUGUUGAUGAAUUUGUUGUAUCAUCCGAUUUCGUUGGAAGUACUCACAGCUCAGUUUUUGACGCUAAAGCCGGAAUCUCUUUGAACACCAAGUUCGUCAAGUUGAUCUCCUGGUAUGACAAUGAAUAUGGUUACAGUAACCGAAUUGCUGAUUUAAUCAAGUAUAUCUCUACUCGUUAAACCUUGAAAAGGUCCAAACCCAAAGCAUUUUCAACAAAAUAAGAAGAGUAGUAGUAAUCAACAAAUCGUAAUUUUCAAUUAAUUCACAGUCCAAAUUUAAUGCGUCAAUCGUUUUACCGGAAAGCUACACAAUCAUAUUUACAUUUAAACGCAAACAUCUUAUCAUGAAAGAGAAAAUAAUUUCCUCUAAAUUCAUUUUAGUUCUGAUGAUAAUUAAAUCUAAAUAUCAUCUUUUCCCCCCUCUCUUAUAAUUAAUAGUUUUCUCUUCUAUCUUCUAGUAAUUAGUUAAAUUGUCCGAGUCAAUAAGAAAAAAAAAUUCUAUCUCUACAUCCAAAAGACAAGUUACAUUAAUCAAAAUCUUUAUUCUCUUUGUGAUUCUAAUCAAUUUUAACUUUAAAUUAUGUUUUGAGUGAAAUUAAAUGUGGUUUAAUUAUCUUAAACAAAA